GGUGGAGAAAUGUCAAGGGUAGUGUGUGUGGAUUAUUAAAUUGAGAAAUCCUAAUUUUUAAAUUAAAAUAAGAACUAUAAAUAUUUAAACAUGGGUAUCUUAGAAAAAAUCUCGGAAAUAGAAAAGGAAAUUUCAAGAACUCAAAAAAAUAAAGCAACGGAAUACCAUUUGGGUCUUUUAAAAGCAAAAUUAGCUAAAUAUAGAUCUCAAUUAUUAGAACCAUCUAAGAAAUCAGAAAAGGGCGAAGGGUUUGAUGUAUUAAAAAGCGGAGAUGCCAGAGUUGCACUUAUAGGGUUUCCUUCUGUAGGAAAGUCUACUCUACUUUCUACGUUAACAAAAACUGAAAGUGAAGCUGCUUCUUAUGAAUUUACAACUUUAACUUGUAUACCAGGUGUUAUAGAUUACAAUGGUGCUAAUAUACAACUAUUAGAUUUGCCUGGUAUUAUAGAAGGAGCAGCACAAGGAAAAGGAAGAGGGAGACAAGUAAUAGCAGUUGCAAGAACAGCAGAUUUGGUUCUUAUGAUGUUAGAUGCAACUAAAAAGGAUGUCCAUAGAUCGUUACUAGAAAGAGAAUUGGAGAGCGUAGGAAUAAGACUCAACAAACAAAAACCUAAUAUUUAUUUUAAGAUCAAGAAAGGUGGUGGCAUUUCUUUUAACUCCACUUGUCCAUUAACCAAAAUAGAUGAAAAACUAGUGCAGAUGAUAUUGCAUGAAUACAAAAUUUUUAAUGCUGAAGUUUUAUUCAGAGAAGAUUGCACUGCUGACGAACUAAUAGAUGUUAUUUGCGCUAAUAGAGUAUAUCUACCAUGUCUUUAUGUUUACAACAAGAUAGAUCAAAUCUCUAUUGAAGAAGUCGAUAGAAUAGCUAGACAACCUAAUAGUAUAGUUGUAAGUUGUAACAUGAAGCUGAACCUCGACUACCUUCUGUCGACCCUUUGGGAAUACCUUAGUUUGAUAAGAGUAUACACAAAGAAACCAGGCCAGCCACCAGAUUUUUCGGACGGACUUAUUCUGAGGAAAGGAGUUAGUGUAGAGCAUGUAUGCCAUGCGAUCCACAGAACAUUAGCUCAACAAUUCAAGUAUGCUCUCGUCUGGGGUACUAGCACCAAGUACUCUCCACAGCGUGUUGGUACCAGUCACGUGAUGCAUGAUGAAGAUGUUAUCCAAGUUGUUAAAAAAUAAAGUGCUUUUUUAUUGUAUGGUUAUUGAUAAUAUUAAUUAAAAUUCUUUUUUUUUUAAUUAA